AUGUCGAUGACUUCAAAAACUUGGAAGGUCGGGAUCGUGGGAUGUGGCUCAAGCGCCAAAAUAUUUCAGAUUCCGUUCAUCCAGGCAUUGCCAGAGUACAAACUUCAUGCCAUCGUCCAAAGAUCACCGAAAGUGGGAAAUGAUGCAGCAAAAGAGCAUAUAGAUGACAUACUGAAAGAACGUGCGGUAGACUUGGUUGCGAUUUCGAUGCCCAGUGAAUCGCACUAUUCAUUGACCAAGUCGGAGUCUUCUGCACAUAAACAUGGUAGAGGAUGCAACAGCGCUGUGCUGAAAUGGGGUUUGAUCAUAGUUCUUUGCGAGAAACUAUUUACCCUCGUAGCCGGUAGGGCUGAUGAGCUUGUAGCUCUAGCUAAAGAACGGCAACAGGUCCUUGUGGUGUAUCACAAUAAGUGGCAGAGUCGAUCUUCAUCCUUUUCGCUUGACAAACAUCAGAUCUGCCAAUUAUAUGAAAGAUAUGAUCGCUGA